AUGUCACCCAAGCCCGGCGGUUUCACUGCCGCCGAGAAGACUGCACUAAUGAACUACGUACUGCCAGACUACCACUUCCUCAACACUUCCUACCCACCUUCGCCUAUUCGAUCCUCGUCGUCCUCUCGCGGCGGCCCUGGGAUACAAGCAACAAAGGAGAGUAGCCAGUUCUCCUUCGAUGACCGUCGCCCACCGCCAUUGUCCACCUCAAAUCCAGAGACAUGUAUCCGAUUUAGCGAGCCUUAUGACAGCCACGCUCUCUCGUCCGAUAGAGGCAUGGGUACUCGUCUCAUGUUGUCUACGCAAACUCCAGGAGACGCCGGAUCCGGGGUUUCUAGUUCUAGGCGCAAGACGAUCUGCUCGAGAGGUAGCGGACCAGGGCGUCAGGCGUUGGUGCUAGUGAACCACGUUAGUAGAGACGAUGGCCUCGACCAGGCGCUGGUGAUCGCGACGACGAAAGACGCCGGCGAUGCGUUCGCCCUCGUCCUCAAACCCGUACUCUGGACUCUCGAACCGCGGGAGCGCGUUGAAGGUGUCGCGUAUAAGCAGGAAAGGUGGAAACCCGGUCUCCUGGUGGCCAAGCUCUCUCGUUCAGUCGUUGACGCCGACUCAACUCCAAACCUGUAG